AUGGCAACGGCGGGCACAGAAUCCUCGCCGACGCCAGAUAAUUCCAGAGUCGCUUCGUUGGUCGGCUCCGACGCGAAUGAAGGAAGGCAGGAAGGAUUCGCGCGAGCCGUCGGCCACUCUCUCUACACACACCCUCGUGUUGACGGCGAGGAAUUCAGAUGGCUCCGCAGGCCCUUUUUUACACAGCGUCGCGUCGUCUUGCCGACAGCUUUUUCGCUGACUCGGCCCCGAAACCACCCGACACGCGUCUCAUCGACUUCUCAGAGCAGCCUCGGGGCUCCUGGAGUCGCGAGCGAAGGCUUCUCAGACUUGCUGAGGAGGUUGGGGGAAUCAGGGAGGGGAGUGUUGGUUCCAAAUAAGGUAGAGGUUACCAUUUACAGGAAAAACAAUGUGUCCUAGCUAGAGGCCGGAAUCGAAAAAUGCUUUGAAGAAAAGCGUGUUUCUCUUCAUCAUCCAAUCUUCGGAAAAAAAAAAUUCCGGGAAAAGUUGCACUGGAAAGAUUCGAACUCGCGUCAUUGGUUCCGUACGCUAACUUGCUUACCGCUAGACCAUACUCCACUAAUUGAAAUUAGGGAAAAAAUCUGAAUCCUUAACCUUUUCAAAAACCAAAGUUUGCACAAUGGUUAGAUACAGUAAGAUUGGUAAAUUCCAAGCAGAAAAGAAAAAUGAAAAAAACUACUUCCUGUUGGAGAAAAAUUGCUUUGUGAAUUUUAAAAAUCAGGUGUCGACAUUUGUGAGCUUGCAAAUGGGAUAUAUCUGAAGCUUUCAUUACCAACUAAUUGAAAAAGUUGGAAUUUAAAAAAGGGAAUGCAUUUUCUACAUCAACAAACUCGCUGAUGACUUUUUGAAGAAGUCGAGGUUCAAAGAAGCCUGUACACGUUGGAAGUGAAAGACUGACGGUCUUCGCUUCGAUUGUCUCGCUCGCACGCUUAUUUGCAUUCUCGAACGACCUGAGAAGCCAAUUCUGCAAACUCUGCGUGCUUCGAGUGCAAGAAGAAGCUCUUUUCGACCCAGUUGACGAUGGAAACUCAACUUUUCUCUGCAUUUUUCUGCGAAAUCAAGCAAAUAAGUCAUUUUUCAGUGUUAAUUCUAGAUCGAGAAGAAGAAGAAUAAUAAUUUGAAGUUAAUUUCAGAUUGCCUUCUGUUUUCUUUAAGACUCUUUACCUUUAAAACCACUCUAGUGAUCACUUACAAAAAGAGGCUGAAAUUCCAAAGUUGAUGAAGGCAAAAACAGGAAAAAGACACCAUUUUUCUCUUUUGAUGGAUUCAAAAAGUCGAAGAGUUCCCCCUCUCUCUCGGCGGGACAUCUGUCCGUUGUUCCUCAGGCGGCGACUGGUUUUCCUUGAAGACGUCGGCGGCUCGACGUCUUCUCCUUCUGCGACGUCUUCGGCCGUCGUCACUUCAGACCAGUCGCCGUUACUCGACGAUCCGGCCGACCGACGAAUCGAUACGCUCUAUAAUUCGCCGCGAAUGGAGUCCCAUGCAACAUUUUCGACGAUUCGACGAGGGAAAUUCUAGAUUUCGGGGUGGAAGUCAAUGAGAAGGGGUCGGAAAGGGAAAAAAAAAAAUCAAAACGCAGCAAAACUUCAUCAGUCAGGAGUUGAAUGAUCUUUUCUGAAAAUAAUAGUCGUGGAAGAGAAAAAGAUCUAAUUAGAAGUUUCAUAAAUGUCUCUUAUUGAUCAGAAUUUUAUUUUUUGUCCAGCUCCGAAAAAAUUUUUCCAAUGGGUAAAGUCAAAAACUCGAGAUUUUCAAAAUUCGAUUCUUUUUUCUCAAUUUGCGGUGCCUUCCCAAUGCUUUUAUUCCACUCUUCAUAACCUUGGAAGCAGAGGUCGCAAGAUGCGCCCGACCUGAAGCGACUUGCGCUUUCCUGAAACUUGUGACCUUAUUAAAGUGAAUUCUGUGUCAGCCGAAAAGUUUCUCUAGACAAAACAAGCUUAAAAAUAAGAUUUUCGGGCAAUUUUUGUGAACACAAAAAGGUAAGAAAACAAAAAUAACAUUAGGAAAAAUCAAAGUCGCUUUUUUCCCGCUUCUAGGGGAGUUAUCUGUCCAUGACAUCAAGAAUUUGCGUCACAAUCUUCCUACAGUCUUUCCUCAAGAAAACCCUUCAGUUCUUAUUAUCAAAGGACACUUGAGGGGCCAGAAGUGUGGAGAGGGCCGUCCGUCGGUUACACAUCAGAUGAACAGAUGUGCGUCGGACGACACACGAGGUGUGCAUCUGGGGAGAGGAAAAGGAGACACGGUGCGGCGGAGGGCGCCCGACGUCGAAACGGAUUCCGCCGCCAGAGGAAACGAGACGAAUUCAGUCGCUCCGUGCACCUGA